AAAAAAAAAGGAGAACUACUCACCAGUUUUCUUUAGUGUUGUUAUUGUGUUGACCAAAGAGAAACGGGGGAAAAAAAAGGACAUGAACUUCCACGUAAACUGGACUGAUGAAGAGACUCAGGAACUCCUCAAAGUGUGGUCUGAAGAAAAGAUUCAGGUGGGCCUGGGGGAAUCUGUUAGAAAUGAGAGAGUUUAUGGAGAGGUGUCCAGAAGACUGGCUGUUAUGGAGAUGUAUCGUUCUGCAAAACAGUGCAGAGACAAGGUCAAGAAGCUGAAACUUGAAUACAGGAAGACAAAGAAACACAGUGAGGAAAGUUGGGAUAUCAAAAAGAACUUUAAGUGGUACGAUGCUUUGGACUCUAUCAUGAGGGAAGAGCCAGCUAGCAGAGAAGACACCAUGAUACAGAAGUUCAUGAUCUCUGACCAGGAAACAAAUUUAGCCAUCAAAACAGAAACUCCUGGAAGCUGCAGCAACUCCUACACAACCUCUCAGUCCGCAGAAGAAACGCCUUCACCCGCAGAGACCAAAGAAGACCCAGGUCUCUACAUCGUUCAAGUGGAAGAUGUUGACGUUCCGUCCACGAGCACAUCAGUGAAGUCCGCUGCCAUGCGAACGUCACUCAAAGAUUCGCGGUGGUCAAAAAGGGAGGUCCAAACGUUGUUGACACUUUGGGCAAAUCCUGCGGUUCAAGGGGAGCUUCUCCUCAAUGUGAGAAAUAAUCAAGUGUAUGCUCGCCUCAGUGCCGCACUGGAAUCCCUCGGGUUCAGUAAAACGCCGCAGAAGUGCAGGGAGAAAAUCAAAAAACUAAAGCAGGAUUACAGAAGAACGAAAAACAGUGAACAGCAGAGAAGCCGCACGAUGUGGUUUUCCAUAAUCGAUGAUGUCCUCGGCUCCAACGCUGCCGCUCCGAGACGUUCGGAAACGACGGCGCUCUCACUGCCAAGUCCUUUAAACCCUCUAAUGGAUGUCACCGCUGAGGAUGAAACCCCGUGGCUGCCCGAUGAAGUCCAAGUGCUGAUGACCCUCUGGGCACAACCCAACAUUCAGAAACAGCUUCUCCACACAGCAACAAAGACUGAAGUCUUCAAGUACCUCAGCAGUGAGCUGGCAAUGGUGGGCUUCAACAAGACGGCACAUCAGUGCAGUAUGAAAGUGAACAGCCUUAAAGAAGAGUACAAAAGAACCAAGGCGACAGGACCAAACGGGGACGUUAAAAGCGAGUGGUUUGCUAUUUUGGAUGGAGUCCUCGGCCAGUGUACAGGAACUUUUUCGGAAGUGGAUUCAUCUGUUGUGCGGUCGCAAACUAAAUCACCAGAAGAAGAACAUGAGAAAGAUUCCUUGCAGGCUGUUUGGACGUCAGAUGAAGUCAAAGCGCUGCUCACUCGCUGGGCAGAGCAGAGCGUCCAGCAGCAGCUCACAUCUGCUCCAACAACUGAGAGAGAGUUUGCUCUGCUGAGCUCUGACCUCGCCACGCAGGGCUUUGAUAAGACCACCAGCCAAUGCAGGUCAAAGAUUAGACUGUUGAAAGAAAAGUACAGAAGGAUUAAGGAACAGAAGGACUCCAACAAACAAAAAGGGGACUGGUUUGCCAUCAUGGAUCAAGUCCUUAGUUAUGGAAACCAAGAGCAUGCAACCAAACAAGCAGCUGAAGUCAGACAUUUAGACCAGACGUUUCUGCAGACGUCACAGCGAGAGCUUUCUGGCACAGUGAAAGUCUUGGAUCGCAGCUUGUCCGUCUCCUCGCUGUGUCUCCUGGUUCCCACGCUGCGUCUCAUGUGUGGCUUCGCCUGGCAAGUGGUCCAGCGUUGUAACGUGAUGCAUUAUGGGAAGGUGGAGGAGCUGGUGAGGGUGGCGACGGAGCUGGCUCCAGAUCUGCUGACACCCCGGGAGAAAGUACAGAUCCUGCUUCGACUUAGAGCUAGGGUGGUGUUGGACUUGUGUGCCAAAGAGAUCACAGCCAACCAGUUGAGCAUCCAGCCUCACCUGACGGUCAUCAAGAACAUCACGACUGGCUGCACAUGUAAUCAGGAGGAACGAGAGGAGCUGGAAAAUUCAAAGACAAACUUUAUGGAGGUCAUUCAGAGGCUGCUGGAGGACAAAGAAGAAAGAAAGAUGUUCUUCAAGGAAGUCUUUCCUCUCCAUUACGGCCAGCAGUAUGAAGCCAAAUUAAAAACAUUAGCGUGGAAGUUCAUCUCUAGACUUGACAGUCUUCUACCUGUUCCAGAUAUAAAACAGACUGCUGAGUGGCUCGGCUCUGCCCCCGCUGUCAUGGAGGAAUGUGGACGGCUGGUUUUGGAGCCAGCCGAGCUGAAAGCCCUCUUCAGUUUUCAACAACAGCAAUCAGGAAUCACCAACAAAUAUCGUUCACAAACUGGAAAUAUGUUUUUGCCAAGACUUUCUCUUCCUCCCAAACCAAACCAAGAACGUUCUUCAGAGCGACAGGAUCUGUCUGCAGUUGACAAAGACGGUGGACUCUUUUAUUGUAGCAAGGACGAGGAGCCUGUUGAGGAAAACACAAAUGCUGUCACACCGACUCAGCAAGACUGCAACAAAGCAGAUGAAGUCCUGAUGCUGAAGGAUGAAGAAAUGAAAGAGCCGACCACUGAAAACAGUUCAAAUUCCACCAAUCAUACGCCUUCAGGAGAGCAGACUUGCUUUCUGUGCUCAUACUCUGACGACCAAGUCACGGGUCUUAUGCGGCACAUGAGGGAGGCGCAUCCCGUUGAAAAACCCAGCAGACUUCAGCCAAAGGAAGAAGAGACGAAUAAAGCCUCUAAGAAAGCGAGCGCAGAAACGUGCGCGUCUGAGAUCAAGAGCACGGCAUUCCCUGCGAGUACUGCGGGAAGGUCUUCAAGUAUGUGUCGAAGCUGCGGGGCCACAUGAAGACACACACGCUGCC